ACGUACGCCGCUGCCGCCGCCAUGUUGCCUGACGCUCCAGUGUCGAUCAGACAUGAUCGGACGCAUCGGACGCUCUGUCGACUCCGUUCCUCUCUGAUCGACUGACCGUACAUACGUUGAUACGUGUGCCUUCUGUAGUCGUACUUGACUAUCAUAUCAUCGAUAUUCAUUCCUCGUCGACUAGUUCACCGGUGAACGGAAUGCACAGAAUGUGAAUGAGCUUUACGUAGGUGGGACCCGAAAGUUUUUCUGACGUGUUCUGGGUUUGACGUACCAAAGCCACAUUUCUGACUGCACUGGUUCCGACGUACUAAAUACGAGGAUCAGGAUGAGCGUGAAGCAUCUGAGUACCGGUUCGGUACCACCGCCCCUCGUACCCGGCAAAAUACGCUUGUACAGCAUGCGCUUCUGCCCGUACGCACAGAGAAUACACCUCGUGCUGGAUGCUAAGCGAAUUCCAUACGACAUUGUGAAUGUGAAUCUAACGCACAAGCCAGAUUGGUUGAUAGAAAAGAGCCCCUUGAAUAAAGUUCCUUGUAUCGAAUUGGAGGAUGGAGAAACGCUGUAUGAAAGCCUAAUUAUCGCUGAUUAUCUGGACGACGCAUAUCCACAGAACAAGCUGUAUCCAAGUAAUCCUUUAGCAAAAGCUAAAGAUAAAUUAUUGAUCGAUAGAUUUAAUACAGUAAUAUCGACUAUUUAUAAGGCACUUUAUUCAGAAAUGGCAUUGGAGCAGGAUGUAUUCAAUGAGGCGUUAACUGGCUUAGAACUCUUUGAUCAGGAAUUGGCGAGGAGAGAAACUCCCUUUUUUGGAGGCAGCAAACCUGGUAUGUUGGACCUUAUGAUAUGGCCAUGGUGUGAAAGAGCAGAUGUGAUAAGGAUUAUAAAGGGAGAGCAGUUUGUUAUACCUCGGGAUCGUUUUUUGCGACUGCUUGAAUGGAGAGUUGCCAUGAAAGAGGAUCCUGCGGUGAGCGGCAGUUUUCUGGAUGCCGAAGUACAUGCCAAGUAUAUGCGCAGUCGUCUAGCAGGGACACCUCAAUAUGAUUUAAUAGUCAAUAGCUAAAGCUAAUCCAAAUUUAUGCAUUUAUGGUUCAUUCCAUCUUAAAAUGUUUUGAGCUCGGGCAAUACGCUUACUUCGUAUGUUGCUAUUUUCUGCAUAGUAAAGUACUACCUAUAAUUUUACAUACUUAUAUGUUAUAAUUCUAUAUACUAUAUACUUAAAUUUAUGUAAUAUACUACUUUAUGUAAUAUCUAAAACAGAUACUAAUUAGUUUAUAAAACAGAGGUGUUUUUAUUGAUUGUUAUAUUGGUUAACACAUAAAAAUAAAAAUUUCUUUUGCAUAAAAAA